CGAUCCAUCCAUCGGAAGCACAGGACAGAGAUGACCUCGUCGGCAACCAAGAAGGGGGCGUCGCUGGUGGUGGCUACAAGCAUGGCGGCCGUGGAGGCGCUCAAGGACCAGGCGGGGCUGUGCCGCUGGGACUACGCGCUUCGCUCGAUCUACCGCCAUGCUAUGGUCACCGGCCGACGCGCCGUCCCGGCAUCCCUCUCCUCCACCUCCUCCUCCCAGGCCGCGAGCGGCAGCGCGGCCGCCGUUGGCAGGGCUGCCCGGCCCAGGCGAUCCGAGGAGGAGAAGCUGCACAAGGCGUAUCACGUUGUGUGCUGGGGACCAAACUGAUUAGUAUAGCAAUACCAGAGGAUCCAUUUUUGUUCUGCUGAAUCCGGUUCCAGCUUUUCCAUCUUUCCUUCUCCCCUAUUGAGAAUGGGUGUGUAAACUGACAUACAGUAGGGGCAAUAUCCAAUAUAUUUGCAAGAUUUGGCAUGUACUCCUCGGCUCCCUGAUUUCAACGGAAGAGCUGCAAAGUGA